CUCUUCAUCCCCACAAGGCGGCUACGUGACGCGUCACUGCGUUUAGGUGUAGCCGUGACGCCACAAUCUCGCGUGAUGAGACUUGUGCCGUCGGGAUUUUCUGGAAGACGGGAGGCAAGGAGCUUGCAAUUAACAGCUUUGCUGGACGGAGGAAGCGAAGGCAUCAGGCAGUUGCAGCCCUGUUUGGGAUUACCACCAUCUGCAGCUGGAACUGGGCCACCAACCCCCAUAUCAUUGCCACCUCUCAGAACCAGCAAUCCAACACGCAGGACUGGAGGCAAUAAGCACACAAUGAAUGAACAUCUACAUGUGACCAGUCAUGGACAGAUACAGGUGCAACAACUGUUUGAAGAGCACAGCAACAAAAGAACUGUUCUGACAACACAACCAAAUGGGCAUACAGCUGUUGGCAAAUCCAGUUUACCUGUUGUUACAGAGAGGCCGUUUGAAAGCACUCAUAGGAGACAAGGAAGCUCUAGCUCUUUAAAAUCAGCAGAGGGCAUAACCAAGUUGAAGUGUUCUUCAUUAACUCCUGAACAAGCAAUGAAGCAAUACAUGCAGAAGUUGACUACUUUUGAGCAUCAUGAAAUCUUUAACUACCCUGAAAUUUAUUUUUUGGGUCCAAAUGCUAAGAAACGUCAAGGUGUAAUUGGCGGCCCAAACAAUGGUGGCUACGAUGAUGAUCAGGGUUCAUAUGUACAAGUUCCGCAUGAUCACGUUGCCUACAGGUAUGAAGUUCUGAAAGUUAUUGGAAAAGGAAGUUUUGGGCAAGUUGUUAAAGCUUAUGAUCACAAACUUCAUCAGCACGUGGCAUUAAAAAUGGUAAGGAAUGAAAAGCGUUUUCAUCGGCAGGCUGCUGAGGAAAUCAGAAUUCUAGAACAUCUGAAAAAACAAGACAAAGACAACAAUAUGAAUGUCAUUCACAUGCUGGAGAACUUCACAUUCCGCAAUCAUAUCUGUAUGACAUUUGAAUUAUUGAGUAUGAAUCUCUAUGAAUUGAUCAAGAAGAAUAAAUUUCAGGGCUUUAGCUUGCCUUUAGUUCGCAAGUUUGCUCACUCAAUUCUGCAAUGCUUGGAUGCUUUGCACAAAAAUAGAAUAAUCCACUGUGACCUUAAACCUGAAAACAUUCUGUUGAAACAACAGGGCAGAAGUGGCAUUAAAGUUAUAGAUUUUGGUUCUAGUUGUUACGAGCACCAGCGUGUAUAUACGUACAUACAAUCACGUUUCUACCGGGCACCAGAAGUUAUUAUUGGAGGUCGCUAUGGAAUGCCUAUUGAUAUGUGGAGCUUGGGUUGUAUACUUGCAGAACUGUUGACUGGCUAUCCACUUUUACCUGGAGAAGACGAAGGUGAUCAGCUGGCAUGUAUGAUUGAGUUACUGGGUAUGCCUUCCCAAAAACUUCUAGAUGCUUCAAAAAGGGGUAAAAAUUUUGUCAACUCCAAAGGUUACCCACGCUAUUGCACUGUUACAAGUCUGGCUGAUGGUUCUGUGGUAUUAAAUGGUGGUCGCUCACGAAGAGGAAAACUAAGAGGCCCCCCUGGAAGUAGAGACUGGGUUACUGCUUUGAAGGGCUGUGAUGAUCCCCUGUUUCUUGAUUUCCUGACACAAUGUUUAGAAUGGGAUCCUUCUCUCCGAAUGACACCUAGCCAAGCACUGCGACAUCAUUGGUUGAGGAGGCGAUUGCCAAAACCUCCAAUCGGAGAAAAGAUCUCUUCUAAAAGAAUAACAGAAAGCACUGGUGCUAUAACCUCUCUUUCUAAGUUACCUCCAACAUCAGGCUCAACUGCAAAGUUAAGAACUAAUCUGACCCAGAUGACUGAUGCCAAUGGAAAUAUUCAGCAGAGGACAGUGUUGCCAAAGUUGGUUAGCUGAUUUACUGGACAUCUAGCAUCAAGAACACCUUGCUGAGCCUUAUGCAUACAAAGCAGCAACUCGGAUUUGUACCAUUUUUAAUUGCUCAGAUUAUUUUAAAUACAUUGCAACAGGUGUAUUUUUAUGUAAUCAUGAAAUUGUUAAACAAUGGGGACAAUGCUUUAAGGUUUUAUACCUUUUUGUGAUUUGUAAUUGGCCUUGCUUAAGAUAGGAAGUGUCAAAUUCAGUGGCUGGCCACUGAUUACUACGUGACUGUUAAAACUUAUUUAUUAAUGUCAAAAGUGUUUAGUUAUAAUUCAUUCAUAUUUAACAGGAUUUUGCUCUGUGUGCCAUAGGCCUUUUAGAGCAUUGAAAACAUGUCUAAUACAUACACAGAUCGGUGCAUUUUGGCUUUUGUGUAAUGGGCCUUGCACAAAGUUGGCACAACUUACAGUAACAUUUGUUUGCAUUUGGAACAAUUAAAUGAAACUGAUUUGUGUUCGACUGAAAGGUUCUGCAUUUAUACUUUAAAUUAAGCAGUUUAAUCACUUCAUUUAAUGAAGGUAUUUCAAUACCUUUUUUGUUUUUUACUUAUUUUUGACAUAGCCAAAGGAUUUAAUUUUACCUUAUUAAAUAUACCUUUAGAUAUACUCUAUAUGUAGGUGAUGAAAACAUUUUCUCAACAUGAAAAGGGCAUUGAUAAGCAAAAUUUUAAACUAUUGAUUUGUGUUGGUUGCAAUGUGUUUUUUUUGAGGGGGGGCGUUAUCUACUGGUUUUAUGCAAAGUGAAGUCAAUUUAGUAUUUUUCAUGUAGAAGGCAUUGGUAUUACUGAAGGAUGAGUAGGAUAUUCAUAUUUAUAAGGAAAAAGAGAAGUGUUGCAACCUUGUGCUGUGAAACAGCUUUGUAUAAUGGGAUUCAAUUAACAGCUGUAGUUUGACUGUUAUCACCUUUCCCCUUAGCCUACAGAUUGCUUAGCUGUUAGAUUUCUUCUUCUUUCCUACAGUUUGUAAGCCACAGCAUUUCAAGGAGUAGUUCAACCAAACAAACAAUGUUAGAUGUUAAUAAAAGUACUUUAAAUGGGCAUUACUAAUAACCUUGUAUACUUGCCAUGAAACGUGUUCUUUCCCCUCUCCCUUUAUUACUACUACGUUGUUUCACUGUUAAUUACAGUAGCUUAAAGCGAAAGAGUUGUCUAGAUAAGUUUAAGAGCCACGAAUGGCCUAUUAAGUACUUUUAUACAUAUUUAACAUUUUAUUUUUGUGAAAUGUCCAAAAAUUUAAGUUUAAUUUAAAAGUGGGGGUAUAAUUGUGGUUACAUGGUAUUUGCAGCUCUGCUUUUUAAAUUUUAUUUUACUUAAAGCAUGGUCCCCAAAAAAAAUUGCUAAAAUGUUUCUGGCUACGUUUUUAAACUUAAGUGCAAGUCAAAUAGCAAACAGAAAAUAAUGGCUAUAACUAUUUACUUCAAGUUCAGGAUAAUUUACUUUUUUGUGCCUAUUUGGAUUCAGACCACACUUUAUAAUCCAGCAGUUGGUUAGACCCUUGAAAUCAUUGUUGUAGUAAUCAGCCUGCUCUAAUUCAAGGUUUAUCCAGAACAGUAUAUAAGGACAUACUUCAAUUCCCAGGCCACUGGAUAGCAUUCAAGCAGCUUGACAAGUUAUCUCCUAGAUCCUCAUGGUGCAGUUUAGUUGUCAUUUUCUAAUUCUUUGGUGACAGAUUGAAAAGAAACAAUAUUUUGAUACAAAUAUCUUUUUAUAUUCUGACCACUGAAAACUGAUUGCACUAUUUGAUCUCUGAUUGGCAAACUUUUCUGUACCAGAAACUUUUAGACAAGGGGUGACUCACAAGCACUAAGAACAUUCUCAGUAGCUAAGUGAGAAACCCCUUUGAUACAUGUAUUUAUUUUCUUGGUAUUUGAGUAAAGUGAUAUAUAAAGUUGAAUUAUAAGAAAGACGUUACUUGUCCAUACUUUUCUAUUAAUGUCCAUUUGGCCAUUUUUCAAAUGUAAGUGCUUAUGGAAAGCUUGCUGAAGCUAACUUUGUUUUUAUCUUAAGGGCUUCAGAGGUUGAUCUGUAAUAAGUUGUCUUGGAAACAGUAAGUCUCACAGGUUACCAUUGUCUAGGGAAGUCUUACCUAUUUGCAGCAUUUGGGAUAGCACAGUAUGAUGCUGUAUCCUUGGUUGCAGUCUUGCGUGGCACAUUCCAUGCACAUAUUGGGACAUUUUUGUCAUACAAGUGUUUUGCUAUAUGAGUUCAACAGUUUAAAACUAGAAGCGUUUAUGUGAACAGUACAGGAUACUUUAUGAUCUUAGUGUGAAUUAUGUGCCUUUUUGUUAUUAGUGCUACUUUGUCAGGCAUAUUUUGGCCUACUUUAUAAAGGAUAGCAGCUAAAGGCAAUUAUAUUACAGUUUUACUCUAAAAUGUCUUAAAAUAUUCAUCAUGCUAAGAGGCCUUAAAAGUAACCAUAGCUCUGGCAGGUUGUUUAAGGCUGGCCAAGUAUGCUGCUAGUAAAUGCUUCCUUAGACUGUGAGGUCCCAAAAGACCCGUUGGUUACCUGUUUUUAUACUUUUCAUCAUUUCUUUUUUUCAGGAUUUUUAUUAUACUAGUGAAACAAUCUUAAUUAGUGUGUGAAUUUACCUCAAGCUGUUUUUCAUUUUUAAGGUGUGAUCAAUCCCAGGGCAUUUGGUAAAAACCAAGGUGCAUUCCUUUUAUAUUUACUGGCUGGAAUAAACCAGCCAGUGAUUUUUAUAAUUUAGGUGCAAUGCACAUAAGCCACUUUUGAUGUAUAGUUCGGGUAUACAUCUCUUGGACAUUGGGUUGUAUUGGAAUCUCAAAGAAGAACUGUAAUUUAUACAGUAUAUAAAAAUGCCCUUGAUUCAUUCACUUCUUUAGAGAUUCCCACAUAGCCCAAUUGUAUGCAGUUUGCAUAAAAAGACACAAUGACUUCUUUCUUGUUGGCACUUUUACAUCUCUGUAAAACAUGUUGGUUCUAAAAGCAAAUUUUUAACUGCUCACAAAACUGCUACAAUUGUCUAGGCCAUGACAAUUUCUAUUGAGCAACAUCUUAGACAUGUGACUGUAAUAUGCUGCAAUUGUGUGUACUGAUGAUCUGUGAACAUUUGGAGUGAAUGUGGACUUUGUGUAUAUUUUGUGUACAUUUUCUGUAAGAUGCUGCUGGCGCCACUCUGCAUUCUCUAUGUUGUAGUGGAAUAGAAUCAAAGUGGUGAAAUUUAUAAUACUGUAUGUAUUGUACAGCAGAUGACAGACGUAUGAACAUUUAGUGAACACUUGUUAAAUUUUAUUGUUGUGGCCAGAGAUCAUUUCAGAAUAAAAAUGUAUGUUCAA